AUGUCUUCAGAAAAUUUCCUUGGUGAUGAUGGCGAACCCCAUUCAGCAUUGCAUGGCUUCAAUUCAAAAAUAAAAUUUGGUUCAAUAGUUAAAUAUCCGAAAUAUCCGAAACAUGUCCACGGUCCUACAGCCUAUUCGCAUGAACAUGUGGUGGCACAUAAUCCCCAACAGCACCAUCAAUUACGAACGGCUGGUGGUGGUGGUGGCGGAAAUGGCGGCGGUGGAGGCGGAGGCGGUGGAGUUGCUGCCGGCAGUAUUAGUGUAGGAACUGUGGGAAGACAUAAUAAGGUAAACAACAAGCAAAUUAUGAAACAACAAACGCAUCAUAUAAAGGAAUACGAAGAUUUGGAUAUAAAUGUUGAGCACGAUUAUGAGGACUAUCAUGUGCACCCGUCGUACGGACCGCCGCACGAUAUAGACGAAGACUUGUAUGAACCGAUAUUGCCACAAUUUACUCCGGAUAUAGGCAAUGGCCUGAAAGUGGGUAAAAUAAGUGUACCAGGUUCGCGUAGUGGUGGCGGUAGCCGUACUGAUCUCUAUGACGUACGUUAUGGUCAAGUGAGUCCAAGUCGGGAAAUUGCUCGAGGUCGGGAGGGUUUUAUGAAUCUGUUACAUGUUAAGAAUAAAGUAUUUCGCCCGCACAUAAAUCAUAUUACGCUGUAUGAUCGGGAGCAGGAUCGUUUAAGUCAAAGUGAUUCGUUUAGUCAUCACUGUCCGAAUAUGUGUGGUGAGAUGCAGUGGCAGUGCCAGACGAAAUGCAAUUGUAUUCCUUUAGGUGAACGUUGUGAUAAAGUUCCUCAGUGUGAAGAUGGUUCCGAUGAAUGGGAUUGUGAUUCGGUCGAUGAUAUGGUGGCAAAGUUAACAAGAGAGUGUGAGCAGACAGGUUUGCAUAUUAUGUGUCCGAAGACAUUUCGUUGUAUCAACAAAGAUUGGCUGUGUGAUGGUGACGAUGAUUGCGGUGAUUACUCUGAUGAAACGCAAUGUGGUGAGAGAGUUAAUUGUUUGGAAGAUCAGUUUGAGUGUGGCAAUGGCUUUUGUAUACCCAAACCAUGGGUAUGCGAUGGUGAAAAUGAUUGCAAGGAUUUUACAGACGAAGGACAUUGCAAUCGCACCAGAUGUUCCAGUGAGCAUUUUUCCUGCAAUGAUGGUUACUGCAUUUCCAUAGCGUUUCGCUGUGAUGGCGAACAAGAUUGCAGCGACAAUUCUGAUGAAACUAAAUGUCCGGCUGUAAUUAAUAGCUGUCCAGAGGGAGAAUUUAAGUGCAGAGGUGGUUUAGGGGGUGCUGGUGGUCCUGGUGGUAGAUGCAUAUUAACCCGCUUUCGCUGUGAUGGCGACAAUGAUUGUGGUGAUUGGAGUGAUGAGGAGAAUUGUCCCCAAAAACCCUCACAAUGCACUUCCAGUGAAUUUAAAUGUGCCGAUGGCACUUGUAUUCCUAUGCGCUGGAAAUGUGAUAAAGAACAAGAUUGUGAUGGCGGCGAGGAUGAAAAUGAAUGUGGCAAUAUGAAUUCGGCUAUUCUGGCUUCCUGUGGCACUGAUGAGUUUACUUGCAACAAUGGACGGUGUAUUUUGCGUACCUGGCUUUGCGAUGGUUAUCCUGACUGUUCCUCAGCUGAGGAUGAAGUCGAUUGUCAUUUGCAAUGCGACCCUGGUCAGUUUCUUUGUCCGGCCAAAAAGAAUAUCACCAACUUAAAAAUAUGCGUUCACCAAAAACAUGUAUGCGAUGGACAAAAUGACUGUCCCUUGGGUGAAGAUGAAAUUAAUUGUCCCCAUUAUCGUGAAUGCGAGGAGGGCAGCAAAUGUGAACAAUUGUGCAUAACUACUCCUAGAGGUCGCGAAGAAUGUGCUUGCCGUUUGGGUUUCCUCAUGAAUACCAACAAGAAAAAUUGCACCGACAUUGAUGAAUGCCAGUAUUUAACCAAUCCGGUGUGCUCUCAGAAAUGUCUAAACACUCAUGGCUCAUUUAUUUGUUCCUGCGAAAGCGGUUAUGUGCUGCGUCCCGACUUACGGACAUGCAAGGCUUUGGGUGGCGCCAUGACAUUGAUUGUAGCUAAUCGUUGGGAUAUCAGACGUGUAACUCUAAGCAAUAAUCGUUAUGCAGCUGUCGUUAAGGGUCUACACAACGCCAUAGCUUUGGAUUAUCACUAUAAGAAGGGUUUAUUGUUUUGGUCCGAUAUUUCGACAGAUGUUAUUAAAAUGGUUUUUAUAAAUGGUACGCGUGUUAAGGAUUUAAUUAAGUGGGGCCUGGAGUCACCGGGAGGUAUAGCUGUAGACUGGAUACAUGAUUUAUUGUUUUGGACUGAUUCGGGUACUAGAAGAGUAGAGGUUUCUAACUUUGAUGGCACCUUGAGAUCAGUGAUUGUGGCCAAUGAUUUGGAUAAACCUCGAGCUAUUGUUGUACACCCUGGAAAAGCCAUGGUAUUCUGGACUGACUGGGGUCCAAAUCCUAAAAUUGAACGAGCUUAUAUGGAUGGUUCCCAAAGGGAGGUUAUUAUUUCUAAAGGCGUUACUUGGCCAAAUGGCCUCACCAUCGAUUAUCCCAGCCACAAAAUCUACUGGGCUGAUGCCAAACAACAUGCCAUAGAAUGUUCCAACUUGGAUGGUUCUGAACGAGCUAAGAUCCUUAGUACUCAUCUACCUCAUCCCUUUGCUAUGACCAUAUUUGAAGACACCAUGUAUUGGACUGAUUGGAAUACCAAAACCGUAUCGGCAGCUAAUAAAAUAACGGGUAAAGGUUUCCGUUCCAUACACGAAAAUUUCCACUUCCCCAUGGACAUUCAUGCCUAUCAUCCAGCACGCCAGCCAGAAUAUGAGGAUCAUUGUCAGAAGGACAGAAGAGGCCUGAGAGGAGGUUGCUCUCACUUAUGUCUUCCCAAUAAAAAUUCCAGACGCUGUGGUUGUCCCAUAGGUUUAACACUGAAAGAAGAUGCCAAAACCUGCAAAAGCGCACCUGAUGAAUUGAUUUUGGUGGCUCGACGAAAAGAUAUACGUUUAAGACAAUUGAAUGCCAAACCCUCAUCCGCGGCAGAUGUCGACAUGAUUAUACCUUUGGAUAACUUAAAGCAUGCAGUGGCACUGGAUUGGUCCAGUGAUACGGAUACUAUAUUUUGGACAGAUGUCGAAAGGAGUACUAUCAAUAAGGCCCAUCUUAAUGGCAGCUAUCAGCAGAAGGUUAUACACUCCAAUCUAGUGGGUCCGGCUGGCUUGGCUUACGACUGGCUGACUGACAAACUCUACUGGACCGACCAAAUUACAUAUCGCAUAGAAGCUGCCACCACGAAUGGUAAAAUGCGCACUUUAUUGGUGUGGGAAAAUCUGGAAAAGCCUAGAGAUAUUGUCGUCAAUCCCUUGGAUGGUGUGAUGUAUUGGACAGAUUGGGGUAAUCCGGCCAUGAUAGAAACUGCUCAUAUGGAUGGCAAAAAUCGUAAAGUGGUCUUGUCUACCAAUAUCAAAUGGCCCAACGGCUUGGCCAUAGACUACGAUCAACAGAAAUUAUAUUUUGUGGAUGGUGGCACAAAGUCUCUGGAAAAUAUUAAUUUUGAUGGUUCUGGUCGCAAAGUGUUAGUGGGGAGUUUAUCUCAUCCUUUUGGCUUGGAUGUUAGUGGUUCUCGUGUCUACUGGACCGACUGGGACACCAAAUCUGUUUCUAGUGCUGACAAACUGACCGGCAAAGAUAUUACCACCGUUAUAGCCAAUACCAGUGAUCUGAUGGACAUUACCAUUUUCCAUAGAUCGCGCCGUAGGAUACGCAAUGCUUGUGAUAGUGCUAAUGGUGGCUGCUCGCAUUUGUGUCUGCUCAAUCCAUCGGGUUAUGCAUGUGCCUGUCCCGUAGGAGUAGCCGUUAAAGAAGAUGGCCAUACUUGUUCCUCUGGUCCUAGUUCGUAUAUACUGUUUGCACAUCGAGUUGAUAUCAGACAAAUAUCUUUGGAUUUCGAUCAUUUGGUGGAUGUGGUUUUGCCAUUGCCACCAAUUUCAAAUGCGGUUGCUUUGGAUGUGGAUAGAAAGACGGGUAGAAUCUAUUGGUCUGAUACAAUCGAAGAUGUUAUCAUGAGUUCUACACCGGAUGGUUUGGAUGCGAAUCGUGUUAUUUAUGAGACGAUUGAUAAUCCCGAUGGUUUGGUGAUAGACUCAGUGGGUAGAAUGAUCUAUUGGGCUGAUGCUGGUCGUCACACCAUUGAGGUUUCCACUUUAGAUGGCAAACAUCGUCAUCUUAUAGCCUGGAAAGAUUUAGAGGCUCCCCGUGGCUUGGCUUUAGAUUAUGAAGCUGGUUUUCUUUUCUGGACCGAUUGGGGACAUUAUCGCAAAAUAGAGCGCGCCCAUAUGGAUGGUGAAAAUCGGCAACGUAUUGUUUCCUCCAAUUUGGGUUGGCCAAAUGGUUUGUCGUUGGAUUUGAAGACAAAACGUAUCUAUUGGGUGGAUGCCCAAUUGAAAACUAUUGAUUCUUGUGAUUACACCGGCAAUCAUCGCAAAUUGAUUAUGGCUUCGUUGCAACAUCCCUAUGCCUUAGCCUUGACGGAUAAUUAUAUAUAUUGGACCGACUGGAAGUCUAAAGCUUUACAUAUGACUGAUCGCAGCAAUGUUACCGAUCGCAGAGAUGUCAUGACCAAUAUAGAUGGUUUAAUGGACAUCAAAGUUAUAACUACUAACACGACGUUACCUGAAAAUGUGUGCGGCCUCAAUAACGGGGGCUGUUCGCAGCUGUGUCUACGCAAUCCGUCCGGUUUUUCGUGCAAAUGUUCCGUAGGCCUGAAGUUGAGAAAUGGUAGUCUAACGGAAUGUGAAUAUUUACCAGAAGAUUAUCUAUUAAUAGCUUUGCGUUCGGGCAUUGGUAUGAUUUCUCUAACAACACCUGAUCUCAUGGAUGUUGUGCUGCCCAUUAAGGGUGUACAUGGUGCUGUGGUCUUGGACUAUCACUAUCGCAAACAUUGGCUAUAUGUAGCCGAUGUUAAUUUGGAUGUUAUAAGACGCAUCAAUUUAUUGAAUUUGGCCGAUAGCAAGGUUAUUGCAAGUAAUCUUCUGACACCUAAUGGCUUGGCGGUGGAUUGGAUAGCGGACAAUUUGUAUUGGUCCGAUUCAGACCACAAGGUGAUAGAGGUAGCACGUUUGGAUGGCUCAUGCCGCAAGCAAUUGAUAACGGAUGAUUUGGGAGACCCCAGGUCUUUGAUAGUGCAUCCUAAGAAGGGCUAUUUGUUUUGGGCUGACUGGGAGACACCCUCCAGAAUUGAACGCAGCUUACUAGAUGGCUCUAAUCGCACUGUUGUAAUCAGCAAUAAUCUGGGCUUUCCCACGGGCUUAACUUUGGAUUUUGAAAACCGUCGUUUACUUUGGGCUGAUGCUUUGGAAGAUAAUAUUGGCCAAGUCGAUUUCAAUGGCAAACGUCGCACUAUUUUAGUGCCUUUCGCUCCCCAUCCAUUUGGCUUAACUAUGUUCGAAAACAACAUAUAUUGGACUGAUUGGUAUAACAAAUCCGUUUUUCGUGCUUAUCGUAAAGGCUCCAUGGGUUCAAAGUACUCGCAACCGGUGGAAAUUCGAGAUGCCUUAAGUGGUGCUUUGGAUAUAAGAGCCGUGUCACGCAAACGUCAGUCGGAAGACUGGAAUCAAUGUUCCCAAGACAAUGGCGGUUGUACACAUUUGUGUCUUUAUCGUGGCUCAAAUUAUACCUGUGCUUGCCCAGAUCGACCAGAUGGCAGGGAAUGUUUAACCAUACCUCGCUAUUAUAUACCAAGAAGAGGAGGCGACCCCAUAGUCGAAGAUCAGGACGAUGUAACUGAAACGGAUAAUGCUUUAGUCAAUGAUGAUUUCGAUGAUGAUUUUCGUGUGGCCGAUCCAUUGUUGGACAUGAAGUUAAUCAUUGUCAUAGCUACAAUUAUAGCACUGAUAUUCCUAUUCGUAAUGAUAGCUUUGGUAAUAUAUAUGAUCACGCCCAGUAAACAUCCGAAACCCAAAAGACAUUCUAGAGGCUCCAGCCGUUCGGUAUUAACAUUUUCCAAUCCCAACUAUAAUGUAGAUGGCACACCCAUGGAACCCAAAACUACAAUAUGGAAGCGUUUUAAAAAUGAUCGAUCACAUGAACGUGUUUAUGAAGAGCGCAGUUUAACAACGGAAACAGCCUCAUCCAGUCUAUUUGUACCGACACCCUCACCAUCGGCCUCACCAUCAGUCAAUAAAAUACAACUUUCUACUUUAUCAACAAUAGCGUAAAAUUUUUAAACUAAACCCAAAUGGAAGGUAAUCAGCGAAUU